GUGUGUGUGUGUGUGUGUGUGUGUGUGUGUGUGUGUGUGUGUGUGUGUGUGUGUGUGUGUGUGUGUGUGUGUGUGUGUGUGUGAGAGAGAGAAAGAGAGUGAGAAUGCUCCCUGGUCCCUCCGUGGUUACAGAUGAAGCCGGGUAGGUGAUUUGUUGGAAAUGAGUUUGCGUGUGUGAUCCGCAUGUGUGUGAGAGACAGGGAUACAGCAUUGGGUGCUGCCUGUGUCAGUUGGUGGUUAGUUAGCAAUGAGGUUGGGAAAGGGGGUGAGUCAGUAAUGUGCGGUCUGCCUCAGCCGUCACAGCUAAUUUUCAGAUACGAUUGUGAUUCUGUUAGUCAGUGUCCUACAAUACACACACACCUGAUUGCUUGUCCCAAGCUGCAGUAAAGCACUUUUUGCUGCUCUGUAUUAGUCCAAAAUGUCCAAUGCCACAGCUCUAAUGAGCACAUAUUCACACACACGGUAUAGGCUAUAGAAAGCGAUGAUCCCGUUAUAACCAAAAAGCUUCCUGUGGUAGACAGAACAAAAGGCUGUUUGAACCGGUAGACCACAACACUUCACAUGAAUGCAUCAAUAACCAUGACUCAAACAAAAGUUUCUUCUGACAGCAUUACCUUGCUUGGUCAUGGUCUAUUCAUACAAUCAGUGGAUAGACUUACUGGCAAAUUAUUAAAUCAUUGGCAGGGAUACAUGCACAAAAACACUUUAAAUGGAAAGAGGAGGCAGUAGCAGUCUUUGGCCACAAGGUGGGUUACUUGUAUAUUAUAUGGAGCCCAUCGUUGAACAUCUAUUGUAAUAUCCUGUUUUGAUCAAUCGUAGUCAUUCAUAUCAUAAUGAUAAAUCAAUGCAUACAUGUAUAAUGCAUAUUCACCACUUCAACAUUUUCACUUCACCUCCAUUCUUAAAAUGUCUUCAGUCUAGUCUUCCUAUACCAUUACAAAGUAUUUCCAUCACUUCGUUUUGGCAAAAAAUCCGUCCCCUGUUCCUUUAAGACGGUCUCCAAAGUUUAGCGUAUGACGUCAACUUUGGCAUAUCCAUAACGCGAGGCGAUCCAGUGGCGGAGAUAGGAAUCUGAACGGCGGGAGAGACAGGUGAAUUUAAAACUGGACGUGAGCGCUUCAGUAUCAGGUGGGAGAUACAUAAAUUACAGCCUCUUUUGUGUUUUAUUUCCACAGAGAAUCAUUGAAGAUGAACACAGAGGAAAAACAAGAGCUCAAGUCAUCAGAAGAUGAAACGAUGGACGUUAGCAGCGCUGUGACAGAUGAGAGGCCACAGGCAGAGGAGGAGGAGAGAGGAGAAGAGGCAGGGGAGAGACAGGGAGAGGAAGAGGAGGCCCCAGAGAAGACCUCAGAGAGUGGAAUGGAGUGCUCAGAGGGAAUGACAGAUGGGGUUCCCGUGAAAACUGAGAGUGAAGAGUAUGACGGCAAUGACGAUCAGUACCCCAAGAGUGAAGAAGAAGGUGAACGAGACAAUUACCUUUAUGAAGAAGAGGAAGAGGAGGAGAAGGAAAGGGAUGAGGAUGACGAAGGAGAAGAAGGGGAGGAAGAGGGAGAAACCCUUAACGAACCACAGGACCUGUCUCUGGCAGAUUAUGUCAAGUAUGAGAGCACAGCCCCGCAGGACGCCCACACCGACUCCUCGUUGUACGCAGCAGAACCCCGCAGCCAGGCAGCAGGCAAGCUCAACUGUGACAUCUGUGGCCUGUCCUGCGUCAGCAUUAAUGUGCUGCUCGUGCACAAGCGAAGCCACACCGGUGAACGUCCGUUCCACUGCAGCCAGUGUGGUGCCUCCUUCACCCAGAAGGGGAACCUGCUUCGCCACAUCAAACUGCACUCCGGGGAGAAGCCCUUCAAGUGCCCUAUGUGCAGCUACGCCUGCCGCAGACGAGACGCCCUCAGCGGACACCUGCGCACUCACUCAAUAGAGAAGCCCUACAAGUGCAACCACUGCGGUCGCAGUUACAAGCAGCGCAGCUCCCUUGAAGAGCACAGAGAGAGGUGCCAUGUGUAUAUCCAGAACAAAGGCAACGCUGAGAGAGCCGGUGAGGACACCCACGUGUCCAGGACUACUCACAUGGGCACGGAGCGCGCUCUGCUACUGGACAGGUUGGCGAGCAACGUAGCCAAACGCAAGAGCUCUAUGCCACAGAAGUUCACUGGGGACAACGGCGUGUGUCUGGACCUGAGCUUCAACAGGGAGCUGAUCCACCGCUCUGACGUCAUGGACCCUCCCCUCACCUCCCCAGGAUCCGAGAACCAGCACAUCCACCAGCCCCUCUACACAGGCCAGGACCCUGACUCUGCCUCCCCCCACAGGGCCUACCCCAUCCCCCUGAGCCGCGCUGACAUGAGUCCCUUGGCCCUCACCAAUGGUCACAAGCUGGAGCAGCAGCAGAGCACUGGUCUCACCUACCUGCCCCGGCCCAGCCAGGGCCACCCUAGCAUGGACUCACUCCACGCCGAUCGGGCCCAGCUCUCCCAGCCUCUCAUCUACAGCUUGGGGCACCUGCUGGGGCCCAGUCCCCACAACAGCCUCCCACACCCCCAUACCCAGGCUCACGCACUCCCAAUGCCCCCCCUAGAGGCUCUGAGGGUGGUAAGGAGCGAGGGGGAGGUAGGGGUUGGGGUAGGUACAGGAGCGGGGGCGGUGUACCCCUGCGGUCAUUGCAGGGUGUGGUUUCUGGACUACGUCAUGUUCACCAUCCACAUGGGCUGCCACGGCUUCCGUGACCCACUGGAGUGCAAUGUAUGUGGCCACCGUAGCCGGGACCGCUACGAGUUCUCCUCACACAUUGCGCGCGGCGAGCACCGCCUGGAGUUGAAGUAGUAUAGACACAUUUGCACGUGAACACACACACACACACACACACACAUACACUCAUACAUAUAGUCAGACUCCUAAACGGAAUAAUGCAUACACAUUUAUACACUUACACACAUGAAUUGUGUACAUACAUUACAUACACACAAAAAUUAUCUCAAGGACUUUCCUUUUUGUUUUUAAUUAGCACCAGUAUUACCACACACACACACACACACACACACACACACACACACACACACACACACACACACACACACACACACACACACAAAGAAAUGUAGCAUUUCUGUCACGUUCUGACCCUAGUUAUUGUGUUAAUCCUUUGUUUUGUUGGUCAGGACGUGAGCUGCGUGGGCAUUCUAUGUUAUGUGUUUCUAUGUUUAGGUUCAUUGUCUAUUAGCCUGAUAUGGUUCUCAAUCAGGGACAGGUGUUUUACGUUUCCUCUGAUUGAGAACCAUAUUAAGGUAGGUUGUUUGUUGGUGGGUGAUUGUCUUCCGUGUCUGUAUGUAUGUUCGUACCACACGGGACUGUAGCGUUGGUUUGUAGUAUGUACCUGUUUGUGAGUUCUUCGUGUAUAAGUUCUCAUGUUUUAGGUCAGUCUACGUCGUUUAUUUGUUUUGUAGUUUGUUAAAGAGUUUUCGUGUUUCAUCGUUCUGUUAAUAAAUAUUAUUUAUGUCUUCACAAUCCGCUGCAUUUUGGUCUGAUCCCUACUCCACCUCUUCAGACGAAGAGGAGGAGAGAAACCGUUACAAUUUCAGUAAAGUAGCAUUUAAAAUGUUUUAUCAUACCUUGACUCAAGUGCCAACAUUUAUUUAUGACAAGUGCCAAAGUGUCUAAAGUAUAAGACAAGUGCCGAAAGUAUAAGAAAUCAAGAUUAUCUGAAAGAUAAUCAUUGAUCAAUAGUUAUUUUUCCAUCUAAAAUUAUGGAAAUCUAUGUUUUAUGUGGGACUACAUUUUAUUCUACUUCACUAAGCCACAGAAUAACUUUUCUAAAAAACAUAUGUAUUUUUCAUUUUAUUUUUGAUGACUAUUCAACAAAAGUGUCAAUAGAAGUGGUAAUAGGCAGUCAAUAUUUGGCAUUACCUUUGCAAUGCCUGCUGCUUUUAGGAUGUGAUAUACUACAGUAUGUCCAAAUGUCCUCUGUAUGUACAGCAGUAUUAGUUGGACAUAGUACUGAGUACAAUUUACCUUCACUGUAAGCGAACUGACAGAUUCUGCUGUGCGUUUUGUUUUCCUGUAAACUGUACUGAGGUUCAAAAAUAAAACCAGAUAAUUAAAGCUAAUCUGGUCAUGUGUGGACUGUACCUUGUGAAAGAAAUAGCAAGAGCCACUACAGAAAAGGGCCGUCUUCUUAAUACAGUCUAUGUGCUAAUAAAAAAAAGCGAUCCUUAUGAUGUCAAAGUUCAUGUGUCUCGUUUUAGGCUGCAGUUUGAGAAGUUCACAGCUUCAAAGAAAGACAGCACUUCACAGUACACUCCCCUCUUCACAACUCCUCAAAGUGAAACUGUUGCUCUGUCCUGGAUUUCAACUUACAGUAUUUAUCUAGCGCUCCCAGAAGUCAAGGAGAUGUUGUUGCUAUGAUACAUGUGCUGUGAGACUGCUCUGUAGACAUGUUCUGUGGCUCUGCUGAAGCAUGUCUGUCCAUAGAGGAGACAUUAUUGCACAAGUAGACAGUCAUUAAUAAAGAGCAUGUAGGAUUGA